GAUCCAUGGCAACACGAGAAAGACCAAGCACUUGGCAGAGUAACAAUAAACACUUCUCUAAGUCCGAGAGCUGUCCAAGAGCUGUUUUCUUUUUAUAUUUUAUUCACUGCCAGCAAAUAAGUAUUUAAAAAUGCUACAGGAUGUUCUUAUAAAGAUCUAGAUCUAAUACUCUAAAAAUCUACAAUAUUUCGUGUGCAUAGUGAUAGGCCUAUUUGAAACAAAUUCUGAAAAUGGCCAGCGAACUAGAAAUUGGUGAUGUUCGGGUUGAAUUUAUGGCAGAUUAUGUAUUGAAAACUCUGAAACAAAAACCAGAUAAAUGGACCAAGAUGUACAGUUUAGAUGAAAACAAACAGUUAUUCAUGGAUUUUUUUGAAAAGCCUGACUUGAACACUAUCAUAAUUAUUGCUACUGCUGCUGGUAGUCUACAAGUGCAAUAUGAAUGGCCAACAAAUCCAAAGGCCAAAGCCUGUUAUUUUGUAAAACGCUCUCGAGACCCAGUACUGAAAGAUGCAGUAUUAAGAAAUGUUUUACUCUAUGGAGAUUUAAGCACUUCCCCAUUAGAUCAGCUGUCAGCUUUUGUGGAUGAGGUUCUUGUACCCCUAUUAUCAAAUGACAGAAACCAUGAACAGUGGCCAAAAGUUGUAUCACAGGAUAUUACACGGCAUGUCCAUAACUUAAAAAGUAAUGUCUAUGUUGUUUCUGGACAAGCCAAAGGGAAAACACUCCUGCCUUUACCUGUUGGUGCUGAAAGAGUGGAAGAUGCUGGAGAUGGGGAAAAAGAAACAUAUGACAGAAGUUUAGUCCAUGCAAUUGAAUCUGUUAUUAUUGAAUGGACACAUCAGAUAAGAGAUGUACUUAAAAGAGAUUCAGUUCAGCCUUUAUUGGAAGGACUCAAUCCAUCUCCAUUUGUAGAGAUCAAAUUCUGGGAAAACAAAGCUCAGAACUUAGAAUGCAUUUAUGAACAACUAAGAGAUCCAAAAGUAAGGAAAAUGGUUGAGCUAUUGGAGAGAGCCAAUAGCAGCUAUUUUCCAUCUUUUAAAAAUAUUUUCAGAGAUGUGGUUGCAGCAUUAACAGAGGCUCAGGACAUAAAUAUGCAUUUAAAACCUCUCCGGCUCCAGCUUGAAGACUUUGAACAAGCUGAAUUCGAUGAGUGUGGCAAAUUCCUAGGACCUUUAUUGCACACAGUGUGUUUGAUCUGGUCCAACUCAGGCUACUACAACACACCUGCCAGGGUGAUUGUGUUACUUCAAGAAAUGUGUAACAUGAUUAUUGACAUGGCUAGAAAUUAUUUGUCUCCUGAGGAGAUUUUCAAAGGUGAAGUUGAGGAAAUUUAUGGUAAAGUUGUCAAAGCUCAUGAAGUUUUAGCCAAAUUUUAUUCAUCCUAUGAGGAGCACAAGGCCAAACUGUCCACUUAUUUUAAAGAUGGGAAACAACCAAUAGAAUGGGAGUUUGCUCCUGAGCUUGUGUUUGCUAGAUUUUCAAAGUUUCAGCAGAGAGUAAACAAAGUGAAGGAAUUAAUUGAAACAGCUCUUGAGUUUUAUAAACUGGAAAAGAUUGAGCUAGGUGGUAUUCAAGGAAAACAACUGAGUGCACAAGUCAUCACCAUCUUUACAGAGUUCAAUGAACAGUACAAAGUCUUCUCAGAGCGGACCUAUGAUUGUCUUGAUACUAAAAGUGAUGAAUUUAUUGUUGACUAUAAAAACUUUUUGGAAAAAGUGGAUGACUUUGGCAGACGUAUUGCCACUAUUGUUUGUCAAGGUUUUGAUGAUUGUUGUAGCCUGGAAUCUACCUUCAAGUUGAUUGAUAUCAUGGGCUCCUUGCUAGAGAGACCAAUAGUGAAGAAAGAUUUUGAUGAGAAAUAUCCCAUUGUUGUGAACAUGAUGCAUCAGAUGUUAGAUGAAGCUAAAACUAUGUAUGAUAAGCAGGUGGCCUUCAAAGCUGCAACUGGUAAAGCUUCUAUUCACAAGAAUAUGCCAGAUGUGACUGGUUCUCUGAAGUGGUCAAAAGAAAUGGUAGAUCGCAUUUCAGCACCAAUGGCCAACUUUAAAAGAAUGGAGCAUCCAAUUAUGCAGAGUGAACAUGCUCAACAGGUCUAUAAAAAGUAUGAUGAAAUGAUGGCAUUACUUGCACAGUGGGACCAACAAGUAUACAAUGACUGGACUAAAGGUGUAGAUGAAGCCUGCAACUUUAACUUGAAGCAGCCUCUUAUUACAAGAAAUGAAGAAACAAAACUUAUAUCUGUAAACUUUGAUCCCCAGUUGGUGGCUGUGUUACGUGAAGUCAAGUAUCUGGAAAUAAGAUCCAAAGAAGAAAUUCCAAGCAGUGCAGGAGCCAUGUAUGCCAAGAAUGAAACUUUCAGGAAGUUCGUUGCCAACCUUGACCUGACAGUACAUUGGUAUAAUAAGAUCAGAGAGACUAUUUUAGAAGUAGAGUUUCCUCUUAUAGAGAACCAGUUAGCAGAUAUAGAUCAACAACUGGAGCAAGCAGAGAAGUCUCUUAACUGGGAGAAUGAAAAUGUGUGGGACUACAUUGAGAAAACCAGAGACAAAGUUCAUGACUUGGAAACUCGUGUCCAGAAGUCUAAGGACAAUGUGGAAGAGAUCAAGAAGAUAAUGACAACCUGGUCUAAGACACCACUGUUUGAACGCAAAGAAGACAAACAUGACACACUUCUUCAACAGGAUGACCGUGAAGAUAGAAUAGCCAAGAGAUAUGCUGAAAUCAAAACUGCUGGGGAAAACAUUCAUGCUCUACUAAAGCAAAACCUAGAAUAUUUUAAAGCUGAUGUAAGCACAGACAUCUGGAAAGCUUAUGUAGACUACAUUGAUGAGAUGAUAGUUGAUGGAUUCUUUAACACUAUUCGAUGCAGUUUACAGUUUAUGCUCAACAAUACAGAUCCUAAACAGAAUCCUGGUCCACUGUUUGAAGCCAAACUUGAGCUCAGAGUGCCAGAAAUGGUUUUUGUCCCAUCACUUGACUUUGGUGUAGCAGAUGGUUUCUAUGAUGGUAUUGAUGGAUUGGUUGGAGAUGUUUACAAACAAGCAUCACUCAUUCCACGCUUGGCUGAGCACUCAGGUCAACAACAUUACCAGCCUGAUCUUGAAGACAUGGAGGAACUGAAUGAAAUGAGACAAGAGUUGAUGGACAGAGUCCAGAACAUCAUGAACAAGGCCAUGGAGUACAAGAACAGUUUUGAUAAUUAUGCAUAUCUCUGGGUCGAUGAUCGCAAUGAGUUCAUGAGGCAGUUCUUGCUCUACAAUCAUGUCCUGACCACUGAGGAAAUAGAGGCUCAUGCUGAUGAAGGUGUACCUGAGAGUCCCCCAACACUGGCCCAAUUUAAAGAACAGAUUGACACUUAUGAAAAAAUCUAUGAAGAUGUGGUCCGCAUUGAAGAUACUCAACUUUUUGAACAGUGGUUCCGCAUUGAUGCUAAACCUUUUAAAUUAAAUCUGAUCAACAUCAUCAAACGGUGGAGCUUUAUGUUCAAGCAACAUCUCAUUGAUCAUGUGACUAACAGUUUGAAGAACUUGGCUCAGUUUAUCAAAACCACAGAUGCAGGUCUACAAAAACCUGUUGCUGAAGGGGACUAUGCUGGGCUCGUUGAGGUCAUGGGUCAUCUGUUUGCUGUACGUGAGAGACAACAAACAACGGAUGAAAUGUUUGAACCAUUGAAACAGACAAUAGAACUUUUGAAGACAUAUGACCAAGAAAUGCCAGAUGAAGUUCAUGUACAGCUUCAGGAAUUACCAGAACAGUGGAACAAUACAAAGAAAAUUGCAAUCACCGUCAAGCAGCAGGUGGCACCACUGCAGGCUAAUGAAGUGACAAACAUCAGAAAGAAGAGUGCUAGCUUUGAUGUCAACCAGUACAAAUUUCGAGAACGAUUUAGAGUUAUCCCACCUUUUAAAUAUGAAUGUGACAAGCCUUAUGAACACCUUGACAAAUAUCAUGAAGAAAUCAAAGGGAUGGAACAAGAUAUGGCAUCCCUCAUGGACUCUGCUGGUCUGUUUGAGGUGAAUAUACCUGACUUCAAGCAGCUAAAACAGUGUCGCAAAGAAAUCAAGCUGCUAAAGACACUCUGGGACUACAUCAUAAUUGUCCGCAGUAGUAUUGAUGACUGGAAGACAACUCUAUGGAAGGACAUCAAUGUUGAGCAGAUGGACCUAGACUGCAAAAAAUUUGCCAAAGACAUUAGGGCCCUGGAUAAGGAGAUGAGGGCUUGGGAUGCCUACACUGGGCUGGAGAAUGUUGUAAAGAACAUGUUGACCUCUCUGAGGGCUGUGAGUGAGCUACAGAACCCAGCUAUUAGGGACAGGCACUGGCAGCAGCUUAUGACUGCAACAAAGGUGAAAUUUGUCAUGGAUGAAAGCACAACUCUUGCUGACCUCCUGAACCUCAACCUGCACAACUUUGAAGAUGAGGUCAGAAACAUUGUGGACAAGGCUGUGAAGGAAAUGAGCAUGGAGAAAGUUCUGAAGGAACUGGACAGCACUUGGUCAACAAUGGAGUUUGAGCAUGAAAAGCACUCUCGCACCAAUAUCACUAUUAUCAAGACCUCAGAGGAGCUUAUUGAAACCCUAGAGGACAACCAGGUCCAGCUUCAGAACAUGAUGACCUCUAAGUAUAUUGCCCACUUCCUUCAAGAGGUCUCUUUAUGGCAGAAAAAGCUGUCUACUGCUGACCAGGUCAUUUCUAUUUAUAUGGAAGUACAGAGGACAUGGUCCCAUCUAGAGUCCAUUUUCAUUGGUUCAGAGGAUAUCAGGAAACAGCUUCCAGAAGAUUCAAAAAGGUUUGAUGGGAUUGACACAGACUUCAAGGAACUAGUCAGUAAAGUUGAAAGAACUAAAAAUGUUGUGGACUCAACCAAUCAGCCGAACCUUUAUGAGAAGCUGGAAACUCUACAGAGCCAGUUGGCACUUUGUGAAAAAGCUUUGGCAGAAUAUCUUGAAACCAAAAGGCUUGCCUUCCCAAGAUUCUACUUUGUCUCUUCAGCUGAUCUUUUGGACAUUCUGUCCAAUGGCAAUGACCCAGUCACAGUGGCACGCCACCUCACUAAACUCUUUGACUCAAUGGCCAAGCUCAAGUUUGAGCUGGACAAGGACAACAACCCAAUUAAAAAUGGACUGGGCAUGUACAGCAAGGAUGGAGAGUAUGUUGAUUUGAACAGCCCAUGUGACCUAAAUGGCCAGGUAGAGGUCUGGUUGAAUCGCCUGCUGGAGUCCAUGAAGGCCACUGUGAGACAUGAAAUGACAGAGGCAGUGAGUGGCUACGAGGAGAAGCCAAGAGAUCAGUGGCUGUUUGACUACCCUGCACAAGUUGCUUUGUGUGGAACUCAAAUCUGGUGGACCACAGAGGUCAACAUAGCAUUUGGUCGACUGGAGGAAGGCUAUGAGAAUGCAUUGAAGGAUUACAACAAAAAGCAGAUCUCACAGCUGAACGCUCUAAUCACUAUGUUGCUAGGCGACCUAUCUAGUGGAGACCGUCAGAAGAUUAUGACUAUUUGUACCAUUGACGUACACGCUCGAGAUGUGGUGGCCAAAAUGAUUACCCAGAAGGUUGACAACUCACAAGCAUUCAUUUGGCUGUCCCAACUCAGACACCGUUGGGAUGACAAUGAAAAAGACUGUUUUGCUAACAUCUGUGAUGCUCAGUUCCGAUAUGCCCAUGAGUACCUGGGCAACACUCCUCGUCUUGUCAUCACCCCUCUCACUGAUCGCUGCUACAUCACACUGACCCAGUCCCUUCACCUCAUCAUGUCUGGGGCCCCAGCAGGGCCAGCUGGUACAGGAAAAACUGAAACUACAAAAGACUUGGGUCGAGCCUUGGGCAUUAUGGUUUAUGUCUUCAACUGCUCAGAGCAGAUGGACUACAAGUCUAUUGGCAAUAUCUACAAAGGCCUGGCCCAGUCAGGAUCUUGGGGAUGUUUUGAUGAAUUCAACCGUAUUGCUGUAGAAGUUUUGUCUGUUGUAGCAGUCCAGGUGAAGACCAUUCAAGAUGCAAUCAAGGACAAGAAGAAACGCUUCAACUUCUUGGGUGAGGAAAUUUCUCUGCUGCCUUCUGUAGGCAUUUUCAUCACCAUGAACCCUGGCUAUGCAGGCCGCACAGAGCUGCCUGAAAAUCUCAAAGCUUUAUUCAGACCAUGUGCCAUGGUGGUACCAGACUUUGAGCUCAUCUGUGAGAUCAUGUUGGUAGCUGAGGGCUUCAUUGAUGCUCGUCUCCUUGCUAGGAAGUUCAUCACCCUGUACAGCCUCUGUAAAGAACUACUCUCCAAACAGGACCAUUAUGACUGGGGUCUUAGAGCCAUCAAAUCUGUCCUUGUGGUUGCUGGUCAUCUCAAGAGGAGUGACCGUGGACGCCCAGAAGACCAGGUGCUCAUGAGAGCAUUGAGAGACUUCAAUAUCCCCAAGAUUGUUGUGGAUGAUAUGCCAGUAUUUAUGGGUCUCAUUGGUGACCUUUUCCCUGCCCUUGAUGUGCCCAGAAAGAGGAACAUGGAGUUUGAAAAACAAAUUCGUCAGGCAACACAUGAUCAGAAGUUACAACCAGAGGAAAAUUUCAUCCUUAAGAUUGUGCAAUUGGAAGAAUUGUUUGAGGUGCGUCAUUCAGUCUUCUUGCUUGGAAACUGUGGCACUGGUAAAAGUAAAGUCUGGAACACCCUGCAGAGAACAUACAAGAACAUGGGCCGCAAGCCUACAGCCAUUGAUCUUGAUCCAAAGGCAGUCACCAAUGAUGAAUUGUUUGGUGUAAUCAACCCAGCCACUAGAGAAUGGAAGGAUGGACUUUUCUCUGUGAUUAUGAGAGACCUUGCCAACAUGUCUGGUGAUGGACCAAAGUGGAUUGUGCUAGAUGGUGACAUUGACCCUAUGUGGAUUGAAUCCCUCAACACUGUCAUGGAUGACAACAAAGUAUUAACAUUAGCAAGUAAUGAAAGAAUUCCUCUGACACCUUCCAUGAGGCUUCUAUUUGAGAUCAGCCACUUGAAGACAGCAACACCUGCCACUGUGUCCAGAGCAGGUAUCCUGUAUGUUAACCCACAGGACCUUGGCUGGAAUCCUUAUGUCCAAAGCUGGAUUGACACCAGAGAAAUCCAGUCUGAGAGGGCCAAUCUCACCAUUCUCUUUGACAAGUAUGUCCCAAUGUGCCUUGAACAGCUUAGGACUCGCUUUAAGAAGAUUACUCCCAUUGCCGAGAUUGCUCAUGUCCAGAUGCUGUGCUAUUUGCUGGAAGUGACUUUGACCAUGGAAAACACACCUCCAGACUGUCCUAAAGAGCUAUAUGAACUCUACUUUGUCUUUGCUUGUGUCUGGGCUUUUGGUGGAGCUCUUUUCCAGGAUCAGCUUGUUGACCAUAGAGUUGAAUUCACCAAAUGGUGGGUGACUGAUUUUAAGACCAUCAAGUUCCCAUCUGCUGGUACUGUGUUUGAUUACUACAUUGACACAGAGACCAAAAAGUUUGAGCCAUGGACAAAGAAAGUUCCAAAGUUUGAGUAUGACCCAGACAUACCUCUACAGGCCACAUUGGUGCACACUGCUGAGACCAUCAGAGUCAAAUAUUUCCUGGAUCUUUUGGUAGAGACACGUCGGCCUGUCAUGUUGGUUGGUACUGCUGGUACUGGCAAAACUGUCUUGAUGCAGGACAAACUCAACAACCUAAAUGAAGAUUUCAUGGUGGCCAAUGUGCCUUUUAAUUUCUACACUACUAGUGAGAUGCUACAGAGAAUUCUGGAAAAACCUCUUGAGAAAAAGGCUGGUCGUAACUUUGGUCCACCAGGUGCUCGUCGAUUGAUCUACUUUGUUGAUGAUAUGAACAUGCCAGAGGUAGACAAGUACUACACUGUCCAGCCACACACUUUAAUAAGACAGCACAUAGACCAUGGCCAUUGGUAUGAUAGGUCCAAACUGACCUUGAAGGAUAUCCACAACACACAGUAUGUGUCCUGCAUGAACCCUACAGCUGGUAGCUUCACCAUAGACUCCAGAUUACAACGUCACUUCUGUGUGUUUGCCUUGAGCUUCCCCAACCAAGAUGCCCUGUUCACCAUUUACACCAGCAUUCUGUCUCAGCACCUGGCCUCUUGCAGUUUUGUGGGGCCUGUCCAGAAGUUUGCUACCAACUUAGUCAAUGGUGCCCUGUCCAUGCAGUCCAAGAUGUCAACCACCUUCCUGCCAACUGCCAUCAAGUUUCAUUAUGUCUUCAACCUUAGAGACAUGUCCAACAUUUUUCAGGGUCUUCUGUUUGCACAAAGUGAAUGCUGCAAAGUUCCAUCAGACUUGGUCAGAUUGUGGAUCCAUGAAGCUGACCGUGUCUACAGGGACAAGCUUAUUGAUGAGAAAGAUCUGGAAACAUACGAUAAGCUCAAAAAAGAAGUUGUCAAAAAAUCUUUUGAGGAAAUGCCAGAUGAUGUGAUCUUCAAGCUGCCACUUAUCUACAGCCACUUUGCCCAAGGUAUUGGAGACCCAAAAUAUCUGCCAGUUGAAAGCUGGGCAAGUGUGAAUAAAGUUUUGGUGGAGGCUCUGGACAACUACAAUGAGCUAAAUGCUGCCAUGAACUUGGUACUUUUUGAGGAUGCCAUGUCUCACAUCUGUCGCAUCAACCGUAUCCUGGAAUCACCAAGAGGCAAUGCCCUGCUUAUUGGUGUGGGUGGCAGUGGAAAACAGUCACUCUCUCGUCUGGCUGCUUCCAUCAGUGGACUGGAAGUUUUCCAGAUAACACUGAGAAAAGGCUAUGCAAUUGCAGAUCUGAAACUUGAUCUGGCUGGACUCUAUCGCAAAGCUGGUGUCAAAGGUAUUGGUAUAAUGUUCUUGAUGACAGAUGCACAAGUGGCAGAAGAAAGAUUCCUUGUCUUAAUCAAUGACUUGUUGGCAUCUGGUGAAAUCCCAGACUUGUUUGCUGAUGAUGAAGUUGAAGAGGUCAUCUCUGGUGUGAGGAAUGAAGUCAAAGGUUUGGGCAUGGAGGACUCCAGAGAAAAUUGUUGGAGAUUCUUUAUUGAUAGAGUUAGGCGUGUGCUGAAGGUUGUUCUGUGCUUCUCCCCUGUGGGUUCCACCCUGCGUGUCAGAAGCAGAAAGUUCCCUGCUGUAACAAACUGCACAUCUAUUGAUUGGUUCCAUGAGUGGCCAGAAGAAGCUCUGAAGUCUGUUAGUGCCAGAUUUUUGGAAGAUGUAGAGUUACUUCAGCCUGAGAUGCGAGAAUCUAUCUCCCACUUCAUGUCCUAUGUUCACAAAUCUGUCAAUGAAGUGUCCCAUCAGUUCCUUGUCAAUGAGCGCAGGUACAACUACACAACACCCAAAUCUUUCUUGGAACAAAUCACCUUGUACCAGAAUCUGCUCAUCAAGAAAAAUUCUGACCUGCAGGCUAGUAUAGUCCGUUUAGAGAAUGGACUUGAAAAACUUCGCAGUACAGCCUCACAAGUUGAUGAUCUGAAAGCCAAAUUAGCCUCACAGGAGGUUGAGUUAGCCAUCAAGAAUGAAGAUGCUAACAAACUCAUUCAGAUUGUGGGUGCUGAGACUGAGAAAGUGACCAGAGAGAAGACCAUUGCAGAUGAGGAAGAGAAGAAGGUCACAGUGAUUACAGCAGAAGUAGAGAUCAAGGCCAAAGACUGUGAGACUGACCUUGCCAAAGCUGAGCCAGCUCUGAAGGCUGCAGAAGACGCCUUGAACACGUUGAAUAAGAAUAAUUUGACUGAGCUGAAAUCUUUUGGUGCCCCUCCUGCUGCUGUCACAAAUGUAACGGCUGCUGUUAUGUGUUUGCUGGCCCCUGGUGGAAAAGUUCCCAAAGACAAGUCUUGGAAGGCAGCAAAAGCAACAAUCAUGAACAAGGUGGAUCAAUUCCUGGACAACUUGAUCAACUAUGACAAAGAUAACAUUCAUGAGAACUGUCUGAAAGCUAUUCAACCUUACUUGGCAGAUCCUGAAUUUGAACCAGAGUUUAUUAGAGCUAAAUCUGUUGCUGCUUCAGGUUUGUGCUCCUGGGCUAUCAACAUAGUCAGGUACUAUGAAGUCUACUGCACUGUCGAGCCCAAGCGCAAUGCUCUGAACCAAGCCAAUGCUGAGCUAUCUGCUGCUAGGGAGAAGCUUCGCAUCAUCAAGAGUAAAGUAGCAGAGUUGGAGGAAACACUGGCCAGGUGCCAGGCAGAGUUUGAGAAGGCAACUGCUGAGAAAUUGAGAUGCCAGCAAGAAGCUGAACAAACUGCAAAAACAAUUGAGUUGGCCAACAGGCUGGUUGGAGGCUUGGCUUCAGAGAAUGUCAGGUGGGCAGAUUCCAUUGCCAACUUUAGGACCAAUGAGAAGACAUUACCUGGUGAUGUGUUGAUGAUUACUGCAUUCAUCUCUUAUGUGGGCUCUUUCACUAAGAUCUAUAGAACAGAUCUAAUGGACAAUCACUGGUUACCUUUCUUGAAAGGGCUGAAGAAUCCCAUUCCUGUCUCAGAAGGCCUUGAUCCUUUGACCUUGCUGAUUGAUGAUGCUCUUGUUGCUUCCUGGAACAAUGAAGGCUUGCCAGGAGAUCGCAUGUCCACAGAGAAUGCUACCAUUCUGACCACAUGUGAGAGAUGGCCACUGAUGAUUGACCCACAGUUGCAGGGUGUCAAAUGGAUCAAAACCAAAUAUGGAGCUGACUUAAAGGUGAUUCGACUGGGAACAAAAGGUUACCUUGAAGCCAUAGAGAGAGCUGUCCAGUCAGGAGAUGUGGUACUUUUGGAAAACAUUGAGGAAAAUGUUGACCCUGUCCUUGAUCCACUUCUUGGCCGUAACACAAUCAAGAAAGGACGUUACAUUAAGAUGGGAGACAAGGAAGUUGAAUACCACAAAGAUUUCAGACUUAUCCUGCAGACAAAGUUAGCUAACCCUCACUACAAACCUGAGAUGCAGGCACAGACAACUUUGAUCAACUUUACUGUAACAAGAGAUGGUUUGGAAGAUCAAUUGCUUGGAGCAGUCGUAUCAAAGGAAAGACCUGACCUUGAAAAACUUAAAUCUGACCUAACACGGCAACAAAAUGAGUUUAAAAUUACUUUGAAGGGUUUGGAAGACAAUUUGUUAGCUCGUCUCUCAGCUGCUGAAGGAAACUUCCUGGGAGACUAUGCUCUGGUUGAGAAUUUGGAGACCACUAAGAGAACUGCUGCUGAGAUAGAGGUGAAAGCUGCAGAAGCCAAGGUUACAGAAGUGGAAAUCAAUAAUGCUCGUGAGAACUACAGAGCUGCUGCUGCCAGAGCAUCACUGCUGUACUUCAUUAUGAAUGAUCUUCAUAAGAUCAAUCCCAUGUACCAGUUCUCACUCAAGGCUUUCAGUGUUGUUUUCGAUAAAGCUAUCGACAGAGCUGAGCCUGCUGAAGACCUGAAGCACCGUGUCAAUAACUUGAUAGACUGUAUUACAUACUCUGUCUACAUCUACACCACCAGAGGUCUCUUUGAAAAGGAUAAGCUUAUAUUCAGUACUCAAAUGACUUUCUUGAUACUUUUGAAAGGAAAGUCACUCAACCCAGUAGAGCUAGAUUUCUUGUUGAGAUUCCCAUUUGUUCCAAAUCUAACAUCUCCUGUAGAUUUCUUGAACAACAACUGUUGGGGUGGCAUCAAGGCUCUAGCAGCGAUGGAAGAAUUCCGUAAUCUUGAUAGGGACAUUGAGGGCUCUGCUAAAAGAUGGAAGAAGUUUGUUGAAAGUGAGUGCCCUGAGAAAGAGAAAUUCCCACAAGAAUGGAAGAACAAGACUUCCCUCCAGAAGCUCUGCAUGAUGAGAGCUCUUAGACCAGACAGAAUGACAUAUGCCUUAACGAACUUCAUUGAAGAAAUGCUAGGCACUAAGUAUGUGGAAGGACGUGCCAUGGAGUUUUCCAAAUCAUUUGAAGAAUCAGCUCCUUCCACACCUAUCUUCUUUAUUCUGUCCCCUGGUGUUGACCCUCUGAAGGAUGUGGAAAGUCUGGGAAAGAAACUUGGCUUCACCACAGACAAUAACAAUUUCCACAAUAUUUCUCUAGGUCAAGGUCAGGAAGUUGUCGCUGAACAAGCCAUGGAUCUGGCCGCCAAGGAAGGUCAUUGGGUGGUGCUACAGAAUGUCCAUCUCGUGGCCAAAUGGUUAUCACAACUUGAAAAGAAGAUUGAAGAGUAUUCUGCAGUUGGUCAUGAAAAGUAUAGACUUUUCAUCAGUGCUGAGCCUGCAGGAAGCCCAGAUUCUCACAUUAUUCCUCAAGGUAUCCUCGAGUCAGCCAUUAAAAUCACUAAUGAGCCUCCAACUGGAAUGUAUGCCAACCUCCACAAAGCUCUAGAUAACUUCAAUCAGGACACAUUGGAAAUGUGUGCCCGUGAAACAGAGUUCAAGGCCAUCCUGUUCGCCCUCUGCUACUUCCAUGCUGUGGUCUGUGAGAGGAGAAAGUUUGGACCCCAGGGCUGGAACAGAGUGUAUCCUUACAACACAGGUGACUUGACCAUAAGUGUCAAUGUGCUCUACAACUACUUGGAAGCCAAUGUCAAGGUACCUUGGGAAGAUCUCCGUUAUCUCUUUGGAGAAAUUAUGUAUGGUGGGCAUAUCACAGAUGAUUGGGAUAGAAAAUUGUGUCGUACUUACCUUGAAGUAUACAUGCACUCUGACAUGUUGGAUGCAGAGCUAUUCUUGGCACCCAACUUCCCAAUUCCACCCAACUCAGACUACAAAGGUUACCAUGCCUACAUAGAUGACAACCUCCCCCCUGAGAGCCCUUACCUUUAUGGUCUUCAUCCAAAUGCUGAGAUUGAGUUCUUGACAACCAGGUCAGAGAACCUGUUCAGGACAGUCUUUGAGAUGCAGCCUCGUGAUGCUGGAGCUGGUGCAGGUGGUGGAGUCAGCAGAGAAGAGAAGGUCAAGACCAUUUUGGAUGAAAUUGUAGAGAAACUUCCUGAUGAGUUUAAUAUGCAAGAAAUUAUGGCUAAAGUGCCACUAGAAGACAGGACUCCAUAUGUGGUGGUUGCCUUCCAAGAAUGUGAACGUAUGAACAUGCUGAUGAGUGAAAUGAGGAGAUCACUGAAAGAAUUAGAUUUGGGUUUGAAGGGUGAACUGACCAUUACUGCUGACAUGGAGGACCUCAGCAACAGUCUCUUUUUGGAUAAUGUUCCAGCCAACUGGGCCAAGCGAGCCUAUCCAUCACUGUACAACUUGGCAGCUUGGUAUGCAGACCUUCUGCAAAGAAUUAAAGAGCUAGAGACAUGGACUUCAGAUUUCCAGCUUCCAGCAGCUGUCUGGCUUGGAGGGUUCUUCAAUCCACAAAGUUUCCUCACAGCUAUCAUGCAGCAAAUGGCCAGAAAGAAUGAAUGGCCACUAGAUCGCAUGUGCUUGCAGUGUGAUGUUACCAAGAAAUCUCGUGAAGACAUGGCUGGACCACCAAGAGAAGGAGCUUAUGUCCAUGGCUUAUACAUGGAAGGUGCACGCUGGGACAUGCAGACAGGCAUGAUUGGAGAGGCUCGUCUGAAAGAGUUGGCCCCACCCAUGCCUGUUAUCUUCAUUAAGGCCAUACCAGUUGAUCGUCAGGAUCUGAGGACAGUCUAUGAGUGUCCCGUCUACAAAACCAAAGCAAGAGGUCCAACAUUUGUUUGGACUUUUAAUCUGAAAUCUAAAGAGAAACCCAGUAAAUGGGUUUUGGGCGGUGUGGCCCUGUUGCUACAGGUGUAAAAAUGAUCUGCCUGGUCAUUAUUUCUUUUAUUUACUAAAAACAUCAGCAUUUUAGAAAGAAUCAAUUUUUACAACUUUUGUGUGGUAGUUAUGAUAUAAAUUUAUACAACUUUUGUGCAUUAGUUAUAAUAUAAUUGAUGAAUAGUGUAAAAAUAUUUUUUAUAUGAUGCUCUACAGAUUCUUUUCUCAUUCUGUUUUUACAUUUUUUGAAAAGUUAAAAUAAACAAUCAGCGUGAAGAAUUUUAUUUAUUUAUUUUUGUAUCUAUUUGAUCAACAAUUCUUUUUCUUUUAAAAGAUCAUUUCAAGCUUGUUUCCAGAACUAAAAAAAAAUUAUUUCUACUUCCGUCCUACAGCAACAGUUUUUUUUACUAUGGAUCUCUGUGAUAUUUGAAAUAUGUUUGAUUAUAUACAAUGGAAUCUUUAUUUUGUGAUACUUGUGUUACUUGUAUUGUUUUUUCACAGCUUAGAAAUGAUUGAUGAAAAUUAUAAGUAACUAAAUGUAAGUAGAUACUACUAAUAAGUGCAUGUCAAAACUCGCCAGGUUUCAGUUUAAAAGUAUUCUUGAUGUUAAAUUACUAUUUUUUAUUUUCCUGUUUCAAAAAUGUUGAUUAUGUUGAAGAUGACUUUGUUGUCAAUUGUGAUGAUUUGCUUUAUGUAUUAUGUAUAUUGGAUGAGAUAUGACUGUGUAUAAAUUAAAACAGUGUCUAAUGGCA